AUGAUGGCUACACCUUCGCAAACGUCAGAGACGCCUGCAGCGUCUACGACGUCUAAGAAGUCGUCGAUUACCUCAGAUCCAGAGCUCUCAACAGCCGACAAGACCGAUGUCAAGAUCGUUGGGGCUUGGGUCAACAAAGCUCAUCUGGUCUCCGACCUCAGUAUGCUAGAGAGUGGCUCGUUUUCCGAUUUCACUGUGAUCUGCGGAAAACAAGAGUGGAAGGCGCAUAGACUUGUUCUGAGCCGCUGCUCUUACUUCAAGCCGAUUGUUUCUGAGCAAAGCGGCUUCAAGGAGACAGUCGAGUCCAGCAUCACAAUCAAUGGUUUCGAGCCAUUCGAGAUCGAUUGGCUGCUCCAUUACAUCUACAGCCUGCAAAUCGAUUGCGACCAAGCUCAGGCGAGCAGCCCACGCAAUUCGUACCUUGAAACCUGCGUCCUUCUCUGGAGUCUCGGAAACCUUUUCUGCCUUGCAGCGAUCUGUCAGCAGACCCUGAACCUGUUGACCGCCCGAUGUAAGAAGCUAUACAUCGAAUCUCGAUCAAUCUCUGUCACAAUCAAUAAAAUCAGCUUCUUGCCUGAUAUCGAAGCCGGCAUCCGCGCAGCAUGGCGCGCUGACCGGGUCGCGGGGCCGGCGCGCAAACAGCUCUUGACUGUAUGCUGCGGUCUUCACCCAGUUCUAGGAGAUCAAGAAUCAUUUAUCAGUCUUCUAGAAGAAGUUCCUGAGUUCGCUACCGAAUUUUUGAAAGCUCUUCUGGGAUAUCCUGGGAUGCAGGCAGGCAGCUCGGCGCUUCUAAAACCCGUUUGUCACCAAUGCAAAUCCCCCGUACUCGAUCCAAAGCAGGGAGAUGGUAAGAAAUUCCUCCAGGGCACCUUCAUUUCGACACCGUUCUCAGUGAGCAUAUACAGUGGAGGUUGUGCUUUCUACUGCUCCAAGAAAUGCUACAACAAAGGCCGUCUCAGCUCCUGGAAGUACCCAGACAAGCCUGAGGAGGUGCAAGCUGAGGACACAAGUGGCGGUGUGCUUUAA